AUGUCUCAAUGGCCAACUCCUUUUUAUGACGAAUUAAUCGUCCCGCUUCUUCAUCGAAUGCCAAAUUUGGAAAAGCUUGCUUUAUAUAUUGCUGUUGAACAAAUAACAUUUCUAGAUGGAAACAAUUUAAAAAAAGAUAUUAUUAAUUAUUUACCAAGAUUAAACAAAUUCAUCUUCAAUGUUCGUUUAUUUGAUCCUCUUCCUAAUCUAACUCAUUUAUUGUCAAAUGAAGAAAUACAACAUUCGUUCACAGGACUUGAAGACAAUCAAGUUAUAUGCUAUGUUGAUUAUUUUAUAAAAAGAAGAAGUGCUCAAUGUCAUUUCUAUUCAUAUCCAUAUACAUUAAGAUAUUACGAUAAUAUUACAAAUAGCUUUCGAGGUGGAUUAUUCAAAUGUGUGAAUCAAGUAUCAUUAUUUGAUGAUCGUCCUUUUGAAUAUGAAUUUUUCAUUCGAAUUGCUCAAUCAUUUCCACUGAUGAAGGACUUAUCUGUGAUUAAUCUAACAGGACAACAAAAAGCAAACGACAAUAAUGAACAUUUUUCAAUCAUUGAAUAUCUUCAUCUAAAUGAAUUAAAUUUGAGCGAUGUUGAUGAUGAUUAUGUCGAACAAUUCCUGAUCAACACUAAAACGUGCUUACUGAAUAAUGUUCGUCUUUAUGUUACUUAUCAAUCUUUGAAGAGCGUGACACACAACUUUACAAGGGAUUCAACACGGGUCAAUUGUGCUAAAGUGUGUGUUCUAUAUGUUUGUGGCAAUUUUGAAAUUUCGGAACGUUUAUCAAAGUAUUUUCCUCAUACAGAAAUAUUGCGUUUUAUGUAA